UCAAAAUCUGUUCUACAGGUGUGCUUGGUUUUGCUAAUGAAAUAUCAGUGAUGAAGGGAAGUUCAGUCACUCUGGACUCUGGUCUUACUGAAAUUAAAGAUGAUGAUCAGAUUCAGUGGGGGUUUGGACAUGAAAAUACUUCACUUGCUGAAAUUAAUAAACAGACCGGCAGAAUGACUGUGUAUGAUGAUGUUCUUGAUGGGAGAUUCAGAGACAGACUGAAGCUGAACAAUCAAACUGGAUCUCUGACCAUCACAGACACCACAACUCAUCAUGCUGGAGCUUAUGAACUGCAGAUCAACAAUGUGAGGAAGUGUUUCCUUCUCACUGUCUAUGGAGACAAGUCGGUGUCAGUGAAAAUUGAAAAUUCAGUCACUCUAAACUCUGGUCUUACUGAAAUUAUGGAGGAUGACAAGAUUCAUUGGAGGUUUUUAGAUGAUGCAACAAUGUGGUUGUCUGGAUAUGAAUACAUUUUAAUAGCUGAAAUCAAUAAACGGGCAGACAGCAUGAUUAUAUUUGAUAAUGCUCUUGAUGGGAGAUUCAGAAACAGACUGAAGCUGGACGAUCAAACUGGAUCUCUGACCAUCAGAAAUGUCAGAAUUCAUCAUGCUGGACGUUAUAAACUGCAGACCACAUACAUAAAGAUUGACUACCUUUUCACUGUCUAUGGUGAGUUAAAAAACAUGGUUUCUCCUGUUAUUUGAUGACAAUUCAUUCAUCUUUUGUUUCUUUUAGCUGUUUUAUGAUAUUAUUUCAGUUUUAAAUUUGUAACUAUGUAUUGUAGUAAACCAUUGUCAAGAUAUUGAACAGUAUUAAUCCGUUUACUCCUGUUUCUGUUGUUCUUCAUGUGUGUGUUUGGUGAUACAGAUGAAAUAUCAGUGAUGGAGGGAGAUUCACUCACUUUAAACUCUGAUUUUAUUGAAAUGAUGGAUGAUGAUGAGUUUUGGAGGAUUCGAUUGAAGGUUUUGACUGAUGAUCAGAUUGAGUGGAGGUUUUUAAAGACUUUAAUAGCUAAAAUCAAUAGAAGUGUUAACACAAGCACCGUAUACGAGUAUGUUCUCGACGGGAGAUUCAGAGACCGACUGAAGCUGGACAAUCAAACUGGAUCUCUGACCAUCACAAACAUCACACAUGAAGAUGCUGGAGAUUAUAAACUAAAGAUAACUGGAUCAAAACCGUCAUCAAUAACAUUUAAAGUUUCUGUCUUUAGUAAGUAUCAACUGAGCAGGAGGGUACAGUAUUUCAGAAAGCAGGUUAAGUGACAUAACCACUGGGUAUGUUUAAAGUUAAGUAAGUGGAUAACCUCAACUUUUGGUUCAAUAAAUGGAGGUAACUUUCAGGGUAUGUACGUUACCUUGGCUUGAUCUCUUAUGAUAACCCGCUCUGAAGUAGGUUCUGUUUCAGAGUUAGCUUACUUUUAGAGUUGACAGCGCAAGCGUUACCUACAGACGAGACUGGCGUGUCAG